AUGUAUGAAAACCAACUUACCGGAUCUCUUCCAAUCUCGUUAUCUAAUGCUUCAAAGCUACAAUACAUUGAAGCUGACGCGAACAAUUUUUCGGGAAAAUUUUCUGUCAACUUUGGAGGUUUACACCGUUUGGAGGAAUUAUUAAUUAGUAGCAAUAAUUUAGGAAGUGGAGAUGAUGAUGAAAUGAAUUUCCUUCAAUCUCUAGUCAAUUGUAGCAGUUUACGGAGAAUAGAUCUUGCAGAGAAUCAAUUCAAAGUGUAUAAAGGCAUACUCGGUGAAGACAGAUCAAUUGUUGCAAUUAAGGUACUAAAUAUUCAACGUCAAGGAGCUUCCAGGAGCUUCAUCUCUGAGUGUGAAGUCUUGAAAAAUAUUCAUCAUCGAAAUCUUUUGAAGAUCAUUAGUUGUUGCUCAAGUGUGGAUUUUCGUGGAAAUGAUUUUAAGGCUCUAGUUUAUGAGUUCUUGCCAAAUGGGAGUCUAGAAAAUUGGUUGCAUAUGGAUUUGGAAAUAAAUAACGAGUAG